CGCGGCUGAGACAGAAGCGCGCGCGCGCGCGAGGUGCGCAGGGGAGGAGCUGCUGUCUCUCGGGCUGGGGACGCCCCCCCACCCCCCGAGCGCGCCUCCCACCUCUUCCUCGCUUUGCCGGCGCGGCUGAGCACAGCAAGCUGCUCCGUUGCUGCCCGAGGAAGGCAGGAGGCGGCAGGAUCAUCCCGCCGGUGGCGGCGGCGGCGUCGGGCACGAGCUGCGGCUGUUCCGGCAGCUCCCUUUCCCCGCAGACGGGAGCCCGGCCGAGGCAGAAGGAUGUCCCAGAAGGGGGUCAAGGAAGCGUUUGUGGCCAACCUGAAUGGCACGACCUUGCUGGAGAUUUCCCUGGGCCUGCCCCUCGCCCCGUCAUGCCUCCUGGCCAGGGGGCUGCUGCUGAUCUUGUACUUCCUCCACCGGGGAGAGCCCCUGCGUUCGAGGAGCGGCCAUUUCCUUCUGGACUUCGCGGUCCUCGUCGUGCCCCCCAUCCUCUCCUGCACCGUCCUGGCCCCCUUCCUCCCUCUGGUGAUCCUCUCCCUGUGGGCCUUCUGUGCAGGACUGCUCUUGGCUGUCUACCGGAGGCGAGGAGGGGGCGUCCUCCGGGGACCGCUGAAGCACGCCCUCCGCCAUUUCGGGGAGACCAGCUUGGCCCCCGAGUACAUCCCCUCCAUCACGGUCUUCCGCGUGUACGUCAACGUGCUGACCUCCAUCGCCAUCCUGGCGGUCGAUUUCCCCCAGUACCCUCGGCGGUAUGCCAAAACAGAAAGCUUUGGGACGGGAGUGAUGGACUUUGGAGUGGGGUCCUUUGUUUUCGGGAAUGCCGUCGUGUGUCCGGAAGUGCGGCAGAAACCCGGUGCCGUGCAGCGCGCCUCCUUUUACCUGGCCAAGCAGGUCUUGGCGGUCUGGCCGCUGCUGCUGCUCGGCUUUGGCCGCCUGAUGAGCCUGAAGGUCGUGGGGUACCAGGAACACGUCUCCGAAUACGGCCUGCACUGGAACUUCUUCUUCACUCUGGCAGCCGUGCGAAUGGCCGCCUCGCUGCUUCUGGGAGUCUUCUCUGCACGCCGCGCCUGGAUUGUUGCUGUGGUGCUGGCUGCAGCUUAUGAAUGUCUUCUGGCCAUGACCCCUCUGAAGUCAUUUAUCCUGUCGGGGAGCGACGGCCAGGGUUCGAGGGCCGGGUUCCUCAGUGCCAACCGGGAGGGCCUCUUCUCCGUCAUUGGCUACCUCGCCAUCUACAUGGCCAGCGUGCAGGUGGGCCUCUAUCUGCGGCAGAAGAGGACCACCGUGGGGGAGUGGAUGGGGGUCGUGCGCACCUUCCUGCUGGCCGCCUUCCUUCUGCUGGUGGGUCUCCACGUCACCCAGACGCACGUGGAGAGGGUCUCCCGGCGGAUGGCGAAUCUGGCCUUCUGCCUCUGGGUUGAGGCUCACUGCCUCCUACUCUUCAGCGCUUUCCUGGCUGCGGAUCUGGCCCUGGUCUUUGCAAAGCUGCUGGCGGAGGGCGCUCCGGUGCCUGGCAGCUGGGAGCUGGCGGAGCCCUCUACAACCCACAAGAAGCGCGAUGAGGAGCCCCAGGCCAGGAAGGCCGCGCCCCAGGGCGUGUGCGUGAUCGGCGCCGUGAACAGGAACCAGCUGCUGUACUUCUUGCUGGCCAACGUCUUGACCGGCCUGGCGAAUAUGCUGGUGGACACUCUUCACAGCAGCACCCCUUCGGCCCUGCUGGUUCUGCAUCUCUACAUGUUCGCAAACUGCUUGGCGAUGUAUGUCUUGCAAGCCAAGAACAUUGUCUUAAAGUGGUGGUAACUGGCCAGUGGUCUGGUGGAGUUCUGGCGAGGAGGGCUACCCAGCCACCCCCCUCCCCGAGGUCCUACGUGCCUGUCUGUGGGGCUGAGAGCUUCUGGAAGGAGGAAGGAAAACCCCUUUGGGCCUGAAACCCUGCAGGGCGGCUGCAGUCCAUGUAGACAACUGAGGCCUGAGCUGGAAGGCAGCUGCAUAUGCAUCCUCACAUAGAAGCAGGCAAAAAAACCCUGGGAUGCAGAUUCUCUCCAAACAUGAGGGUUCCCCCCCACCCCCAGUUUACUAAAUAAAGUAAAAGUGUCGAGUCGGUGUCAACUCCUGGCACCCACAGA